UCCCCACAGAGCUGCCUCAGCAGGCAGCAGCUCCUGGCCGCCAUCCGGCAGAUGCAGCAGCUGCUGAAGGGGCAGGAGACGCGCUUCACCGAGGGCCUGCGCGUGAUGAAGAGCCGGCUGAGCACCCUGCACGCCUCCCUGGCCAAAGCUGCCCCCGAGCCACCCGCCGUCUCCUGCCCUGCGCUGCAAGCCCCCGCAGACGGGAAGAAGUUUGGCACCAAGUAUUUGGUGGAGCACGAGGUUCACUUCACCUGCGACCCGGGUUUCCAGCUCCUGGGCUCCAGCACACGGAUGUGCCAGGCCAACGGCAGCUGGACCGGGCAGGAGCCCCGCUGUGCAGAGAUCAGCGAGUGCUCGAGCAGCCCCUGCCAGAACGGCGGGACGUGCCUGGAGGGGCUGAACCAGUACAAGUGCCUCUGCCCCCAGCAGUGGACCGGAGCUGCCUGCCAGUACCAGGCACAGACGGCUCCCCCGGCCUGGAGCGUGACGGAUGACCCGGCGUUCAGCCGCCAGCCCCGCUGUGCCCAGAUCGACCAGACCCAGCACUGCAGCUGCGAGCCCGGCUUCCACAUGAGCGGCACGGCCGCCAACGGCCUCUGCCAGGACCUCAACGAGUGCGAGGUGUACAAGCGGGAGGGGGGUCCCCGGCUCUGCACCCACGCCUGCAUCAACCUCCCCGGCUCCUACCGCUGCGCCUGCCCCAGCGGGUACCUCCUCCUGGGUGACGGCAAGAGCUGCGAAGACAUCGAUGAGUGUGCCCUGUCCCAGGACAACUGCACCAGGGGGACCACCUGCAUCAACACGGGUGGGGGCUUCCAGUGCGUCAGCCCCCAGUGCCCCCAGCCUGCCGGCAACGUCACCUACGUCAAAACAUCGCCUUUCCAGUGUGAGCGCAACCCCUGCCCGAUGGAGAGCCGGUUGUGCCACCAAGCGCCCAAAACCAUCUCCUUCCACUACCUGCCCCUACCAUCCAACCUGCUGACCCCCACCCCGCUCUUCCGCAUGGCCACGGCGGCGGCGCCCGGUCGGCCGGGACCCGACAGCCUGCGCUUCGGCAUCGUGGGGGGCAACAACCGCGGCCACUUCGUGAUGCAGCGCUCGGACCGUCAGACGGGAGAGCUCAUCCUGGUGCAGAGCCUCAAGGGUCCCCAGACCAUCCACGUGGACGUGGACAUGUCCGAGUACCUGGAUCGCGUCUUCCAGGCCAAGCACGUGUCCAAAAUCACCCUCUUUGUCUCCGCCUAUGAGUUUUAGGGGGGGGGGAGUGGCAGUCAGGGCAGCUUCCCUUGACGGUGAUGGUCCCUGCUCUGCAUCCUCCACCCGAAAGCGCUAGCCCUGGAGGCAGGCGUGUGAUGGGAGCUCCAGGUGACAUCCCAUGCCAAAGCCCCUCUGCAACCAAUCGUCCUCCCCUCUGCCUUAAGGUUAUCCUGCCCAGGUGGCUUUUACACCCACCUAUGUGGGAGAAACUGCAAAUGAGGUGCAAAAGAAACCAGGGGCAGGGGUUACCUGCUCUCUGGGGAAUGGGAGCGAGAGCAUCCUCACCCGAGGCUCCAGGAGGACGAUGUCCCACAGCCUCAGUGCCUACGCAGUGCAGAAAACAAGGGCUAGAAGCCACAGCCCGUAUUUCCUUUUCAAUUUGUUUUUUUCUUUAGGAAAGAAGUUAAGCUGGUUCGUGCAGGAGGAGGGAGGCUCACAGUGGCCACCGCUCUCCUCCCCGCUGGCCCAGGCACAAGCACGCCUCCGCUCCCCUGGGGGUGCCGAGAAAACCCAUGGCAGCCCCUGGGGAGGGGGCUGGUCCAGCAUCUUAAUCCCCCAGGAUUGACUGGGAGCAGAAAAAUCCCCUGAACAUCUAUCCCUACAAGACCUGGCUGGCCCUCGGUGCCCUCCGUGGCAAGUGGGACGUGUCUGGUGGGUGAAGGAGGAGUCCCAGUGCCCUGCCAACUGGUGCUGGCUGGGGCUGUCCCGUGCUUCAGCCCUCGGGCAGCAGCUCCUUCCACCUCCUCAACUGGGUUGCGUGCGUGCAUCCCCCCCUCCGUGACCUCAGCGAGGGCUUCGGGCUGGCAUCGAGGGUGCUCGAGGUGUGAAUAUUUCAUGUUUCAGUCAGCUGCAGCCUCCCCCCCACCCUGUGUAGAACAGCAGCUCCAGGAACAGCUGGGCUUCGGCUGUGACACGUGCUGGUGGGGAGGGAGACACCUCCCCGGGUCUUGCACCCUUCGCCGUUGGUACCCCCGUUCCUCGGCGCGGCGCUUGUGCAUGUUAACCACAAACCCCUGACAUUAUGCAUGUUUCUCCAUUAUGCUGGUUUUAGUACCAUUAAAGGAUGAUAUAG